GUCGAUUUCUUCUGUUCUUCGCUAACCCUCAGUCGGAAUUUUUUGUCAGCAAUCUACCACUCACACCGAAGUCAAGUCAGCUGCGUGUAGCAUAUCUACCACGACAGCUGAGAUCGGAUUGGUUCUGAACAUUGAGCUGACUCCUGCAGGUCCGAGAAUCUCGGAUCUCAUGGCGUAUCUCUCAAAGACAUUAGAUCAAGGUUAUCCUGUCAAACGGUUUGAUGAAGCUGCUCAAACCUCCAACCUUGAUGUUCCGAAGCCUCGGCCUCAAUGUCUAAGUUAUUUCACUAUUGCUAAUGCGAUAGUCCGAAUGCAAGAUUCUUGACAUCUUUGGAAGAAUUCGCAACGUAGAACAGCUCAGGAGGUGUAACGAAAGGGAGGAACAUUCUAGGUACGAAGGAACUUGAACACAUUGCCGAGACUAAUCACAUGAUUUGUUCCCCCAAAGCCACCGGCCCGUGACAUCCCUGCGCCGAGCCAAAUCCAACCUCGCUCAUUACCCACUCUCGAACUGCAACCAAUUUGACGCUUUUCGAAGUUAUUUGGGUCCCAGGAUACGAUGGAAUCCAGCGAAGUUGAUAUGAUGGAUGAGAGACCAGCUUCACGAGAUAGUGAUUGGAGCUUUGGUGUGGAAGACAUUGGGGAUGUCGUGUCUAUAAGCAAGACACGAGCUGACAUAUAUCCAGCCAAAAGACAUGCCAGAUCAGUUGCCAAACAUCUCGAUGCCAAGAACGGUCUUUUGUUCUUACCUGGAACCCCAUCAAAAGAAUAUGAGGAUUCAGAUGAGCCCGUAGUCUUUCGCCAACGUCGAUACUUCUACUACCUCAGUGGUCUACCAAACUCCGAUUGUAUCAUUACUUUUGACCUUGCUCGUGAUCAACUAUGUGCUUGGAUACCACCCACAAGCAGUGGAUUCCGAGUAAUCUACAACGGCUCAAGUCCUAGCCGAGAAGAAGUCAAAGCAAAAUAUGAUUUCGACCACGUAGACUACAUCAACAGACUCGAUGAUUACGUUCAGAAGUUCAUUUAUGUUGAGAAGACACCAACGGUCUUCUUACUUCACAAAUACAAUGAGCCUUUCGCUUCCAGAAUAUUCAGACCCUUGCCCGAAAGCAAGAAGAAAGUCAGAUUCGACAGCACGCGACUAAUUCUAGCUAUGGACGCAGCUAGAGUCAUCAAAAGCUCAUAUGAGAUCAGGAUGAUCAGGAAAGCAUGCUCCAUUACGGCAAAGGCUCACGUAAACGUCCUCAGAUAUCUCAAAACACUGAAGAACGAGUCUGAUAUCGAAGCCGUGUUCAUGGCAACAUGCGUUGCCCACCAAGCAAAACAGCAAGCGUAUGGGAUCAUCGCAGGGUCUGGACCAAACGCAAGCACUCUCCACUACAGCGAGAAUAACGAAUCUUUACAGGGCAGACAGCUGGUCUGCUUAGACGCGGGAUGUGAAUGGAACUGCUAUGCUUCCGACGUCACGAGAACGUUCCCAAUUUCUGGAGAGUAUAGUGUCGAGGCGAAGCAGAUCUAUGAUCUUGUUGCGAGAAUGCAAGAAGAGUGUAUAGAGAUGGUCAAGCCGAAUGCCGAUUACAGGAAGAUCAACGCCAGAGCUCACGAUAUUGCAACAGAAGGUCUGAUGGAACUUGGUCUUCUGCACAAUGGAUCGUAUGAAGAGAUUCGUUCUGCAAGCGCAUCUGUUGCCUUCUUGCCGCAUGGGCUAGGACAUUACCUCGGUCUCGAAACACACGACGUUGGAGAUGGCGGUAAUCUCCUCCUAAGCAAGAAUUUCAGCUCAACCCAAAUAACCGAAUCGAACAUCUUCUCCCUCAUGACCGAAAACCCCAGCAUGCUCGCAGCACCAAUUCUCGCCCCAAACAUGGUCAUCACCGUCGAGCCUGGAAUCUAUUUCAACCGCUACGCCAUCGAAGAAGUCUGGCUACAAAACGAGCGCAUCUCUAAAUACAUCAACCAAGCCCUGCUCGAGAAGUAUUAUCCUGUUGGCGGGGUGCGAAUCGAGGAUGAUGUACUGGUUACCGAGGAUGGGUAUGAGAAUAUCACGAGGGAUAUUCCGAAGGGGGAGGAGGCGUUGGAGAUUAUUAAUAAGGGUUUGGAUGAGCGUGUUAUUGUGGAGAAGGUGCUCGUUAAGGAGGAGAGGAAGAAGGGCUGGUUUUGGUAGAUGCCUGGCGGAUGGAUAGGUCUUUGAGAACUUGUCUUGUUGAGGCGACGAGCUGGAUAUGCUGCGGAGGUUGUUUGGAACAGAAGCAGGCUUGAUGGUAAUGAUAAAUGGCAAAGAGUGCUCGAAACACGUUCUUCAUAAGAACGUUCUGCUUUUCCAUGCUACCAGAUCCAAAGAGAAACGCUGGUCGAGCAAUAGAGAGGAGAUCUAGAUGUAGCAAAUCAUUUGCUCCACAUUCUGAGAUCUGCAAGCUUGCCAUAACUCUCAGCAAUGCGUACACCAUAGGCCACGUCAUAAUUCUGCACAGUAUGUUCAGCUAUACCCCUACCCACUCAUCUUCUCUCAAACAAGAACCAUCAAUCUCAAUGCAAAGCUGCAACGCCCGUAUAAGGCAUU